CACACUAAUAGUAACAAAUUUGUCUCUCUUUUUUUUUAACUUAUUGGUUAUUCAUUAAUACAACAAAACCUGAAACAGCAAUACAUUCAAUAAGGAUCACAUCCGUAACACUAACAUGAACAGUGUGCAGGAAUAUCAAACUGAUUUGGAGGUGAUUCUGGGAUUUCUUGAGGAGCACUACAGACAGGAAUCUCGAAGUAAAGCCCUAUGGAACAUGAGGGAUCUCUGUGCCAUGUCAGCUGGUGAAGUUGUGAACACUGCUGGAGAGAAGCUACCUAGUGAGGAGAAUUUCAGCAAUUUGUUAGAACAAGAAAAGUCCCAGCUGCAGUUUUCUGAGCAGGUCAUGGGAUCUCUGGCCAAAGCAAACAGAUCUGACUCAUAUACGGACUGCGGGAUGAAUUGCAACGGCACCACUGCAGUUGAUCAGUCUUCGGUCCUUGACAACUCACCCGACGGGCGAUUGUUAAAUGCCCUAAACGGACCAGAGAGACCAUUAACUCCAAAAACAACACCUGAAAAGUGUGCCGAAUCAUUGCCCAGCAUUACACCUGCAGAGAAAGGGAAAAAGCUACGCCUUUUCCACUUCCUGUUCGAGAUGCUGGAGGACCCAGGCAUGGCCCACUGCGUGUCCUGGGUGCCGGCUUCAGCCGGCGUCUUUCGCUUUUCUGCCAGUCACAAGGAGCAUGUGGCAGAGCUAUGGGGCCAGAGGAAGGGCAACAGAAUGCCCAUGACCUACCAGAAAAUGUCCCGUGCCCUAAGAAAUUACGCCCGCUCGGGGGAGAUCAUUAAAGUGAAAAAGAAACUGACUUACAAAUUCAGUGUCGCUACUCUCUCUACUUUACAGAGUCAACAUGGUAUAAAGAAAGCACCAUGUCAAUCAAAAUGAGAGCUGAAUGAUUGUCUCCAGUGUGUUACGGUUAUUAUAUGUUACUCUCAUGAUAUCUUAAUUGCCUUGGUAACAGGAGGAGGUUAAAAUUAGUUUCUAUUUUUUUCUUGCUCAAUUAUGUUUCGUAAGAAGGUAAUUAACUAUGGUGUUUUGUAUUACAGACUCUUAGUUAAAUGACUUAGGCUACUUUUUGCUGUUCUUUGCCUAUCUUGAUGCAUUUAAAAAGUAUUUCUUUUAUAAACAUGUCUUUUUUAUUACAAUUUUCUUUUGAUAUUUAUCCAUUUUUAUCAGCUUUUAAGCUGGCAGUUAAAAAGAACCAAAACAAAUAAAAACAGAUUAAACGUCUCCUUCUUCCCGCACUGCUCAUUUGUUCCCAGUAGGUGGCAAAGCUGCUACACUGCUUUUAUUUUGAUUGUCACUCACUGACUCACUACAGUUGUGCUUUUUCUAUUCUGUUUUUGGAUUUCAUUAUUAACAACUUAAUGGCCAAAAAAAAAAAAAAAAGGUCAUUGAUGCUGUACAUUACAAAUCUGAAAAAAUCAUUGUUAAGACUCUUCUAUAUAUUUUUUGUUCACUUCAGUGCUAUUUUAGUAUUAUGUAUAUACUAUUAAUUCGACAAAUUCAUUUUUUACAUGGGUCACAGGUAAAAAAAAAAAAAAAAGUAUGAAUGUUAUCGCAUGAUAGAUUGAAAUCUCAAAACAAGUGACAAAUUAUGCUGUUCUCACAACUAACUUCAUUUUUCUUAUUGAUUUUUGCAAUUAGGUAAUUUUUAGUGAAUUUAUGAAGCCAAACAAUCACUUUUUGUCAACAUUUUGACAUUGUGAAAUGCUAAAUGUGCACAUGCUGUCUUUCUUUACAAUAAAUGGCACUAGGUUUGAGAUUUUGUUGAAUAAUGCAAUAAAAUUCAUACAUUUUUAAGCAUGGCUUAAGUGUUGAAAUGCUUUUUAGCAGCUGUUGAGUUUUUUUCUUCACUGGCAUCAGUGAAGUUGGACCCAGAGGUGUUGACAGCACCCUACUAAAAGAUUCUUCGUUUGGUCUCUCUGACUGACUGACCGGCCACAGGGUGCUCCUCACACAUGGUUAUUUGCCAUUCAGAGAUGGUGCUUCUCUCCCUUUAUAGUCCCACAGUGUUUUAUUCACAGGGAGGAGUGGAAUCUAUUUCUGCAGCGAGUAUUCAUGCUUUACUCGCUCAGUAUAUCUAAGGCAUUUCCUGCUCCACGGGGAGAAGCUCCAUUCUAUAUUGAACAAACUGAAUCUUAACGAGAUGCUGAAAUUCUGAGGCGAUAUCGCUUCGUCUUUGUUUAGAUUCCUAUUAUGUGUGUGUGUGUCUGUGUGUGUGCAUUUGUGCAGGCAGGUGCCACCGCGACUCUCUCGUCUGAGCUUUUUAUGGUGACCGUGAGAGCUAAAUCCCCAUGGGCGACAUGAACCUUUAACCACCAGUCUGGUCCAAAUGGUUUUGUAUGAACUUUGUAGCAGGCCCACAUGAUACUUCCCCAGCACCCUGUCUUUAGAGCUGUACACACAGGGUUAUAAAUGGGCCCCUCAUUGGAGGCUCUGCUUCCAAUAAAGGCCAAAAAAAUCAUGCUUAAAAUCCACUCAGUCAGGGUGGUUUGAGAGUAUGGCACACCAUUCGUAACCUCCUUAUAUCACACACAGCCAUUUCAGAAAGAGAUUCCAGGUUAAUUUUGUUAAUGCGACCACAUACUUUUGCCGUGAUAUGCUUUUGUGAAAAAUUUCCAUUCUAAACAAGGAUUUCUUUAAUGGCAAGUGUAGCUACGGAUAGAAUGACUGCUGACUAAAAGUGUUUCAGAACAUGGACAGCCUGAAAUUACUAAAGAAGUCUCCUGACUUAAUAUGUAAUAUGCUACUUGCUCUGCAGAACCAUCUUGUAUUACUUGCUGCCGUUCAUGUGACUAUCUGAGAUGAUGACAUUUUGUUGUUUUUUUCAGUCAGUUGCACCACAUCUUACAUUUUACAACCUGAAAUAACUUUUGUCAUGUCAUAAAAAGGUCAAAUUAUUUGAUAUUUUAAGAAACUUACUUGGCACACAGAUUAUGCCAAACUAACUACAGUAUAUAUAUAUAAGGAAUAAAGUUUUCUUUUCAAUAAUUGAACAAUUUGAAUGUUUUUUUUUAUUAGGACAUUUGUAUCACUGACAUUUUUUACAUUUAAAAAAUAUCAGUAUGAAUUGUGAUUUUCUGAAUAUGAAAUUGAAUGUAUUUUCUGAAAUUAAUAGAUUAAAACUAGCGUUAUGUCAUUGACCUCUAUAUUAGUUUCAAGCAGUUGGAUUUCAAAUCUUUCUUUCUAAUUUAAGAUACAUUUAAAGUUUCUGGAAACAAUAAACCGAUCAUAAAUUAAACGUAAUUGCUCGCUAAAACUAUUAAAGCUUUGGGGACUCCCUGUGUAAACUGCAGUCACGUCUGCAAGAAGCAGGGCCUGAUUUAUAGUGUAAAUUAAAGUGUUAACAGGAUAAUUAGAGUCUUGACAAUGGCAACAAUCUCACCAUUUUUCCAUGCUAGAUAUGUCAAAAGUCAGAGUUCAUUGUCAAAAGUCAGAGUGACAUUCUAAUAAUAGACUUUACAAGCAUUGCUCAGGCAUCUUAACAGAAUUUAUAGUCCUGGUUGUUCAGAUCACCCUCAUCCACAUUACAUCCACAUCAUCUCUGGCACUUGGCUGAAAGGUGAAGUGAAUGUUUCCUAUUUUUCUCACUAAGCCCUAAAUAUCACCCGGAGGCCUUCUAGAGAAAGGGUGGAGCUUAGACACUGGGAACCCCUGGAUGACAGCAUUAUCUAAUAAUAUCUAUUUCAUUCUCCCUAUAGUCAAUGCCCUUGACAUGGGCCUUGCCAAGCUUUAUAGUAAAUCGGUUACAUUGUCAUAUCAACUACCCAUUGGAAGGGUCGUCUCUUCAUUACAAACACAUCGUUGGCAAUGUUAAAGACCAAGCACUGAAGGGUUAGUUCACCCAAAAAUGAAAAUUAUGUCAUU